GCGUGUUGCAGCUACCUAGGUAUGAAGUUUACCAUUGCCUGAACAACCUCAAACUUAAAUACCCAGCAUUUAAACUAGUAUAUUUGUUUGCGUAAAGAAGCGUGCUGCUUCUUCCACAAAAUUUCUCAGUUGUAAAGUAGAUCUACAAGGGUCAAUUGCAGACCGCAGCAACGCGUUCUAUAAAUUAGUAGCACUCAGACCAUUCCACCUCAUUCGAGCAAUUCAUAAACCUCACACUCGUCACAACAACCAACUCACCAGGCACCAAAAGAAUCUUCGACAAUGCCUUCCCGAAUCGAAAAUACUUGCGACACCCAAUUUCCCAUCAAACGCUUACCCGCGGAACUGCGUCUUCGCAUCUGGGAACAGGCGUUAGUAAAUGAAUCAGCAGGGCGUGUAGUGAUCCUCGAUGAGAGGAACAACACAAUUUAUCCCUUCAAAUCUCUUGCAUCCCCACUCCUUUCGGUCAAUGUAGAGAGCCGAUCCUGCGCUCUCGAAUUCUACGGCACCAAGCUGAAUGUCUGGGUCAACGGCUAUCCCGAUGACGAAUCUGAACGUCCAAUAGGAAGCUUAUACCUGAAUUCCCGAUACGAUAUAUUCACGGCGAAUUUCUUUGUAACGUAUGACUUCGACCUUGAGCGAUGUUCGUGCUACCAACGUUCAAUGGACGAAGAGGAAAUCGAACCAGUCAACUAUUCUGUGGAUUUCGGUACCCAGGAGUUCCCUAUGUUCUACGCAACUUGUUCAGAGGAUUUCUGUUCUUGCGUAGAAAGGGUUCUGUCGAUAGAGCGUGCGUAUCCGAUACCUCCAUAUGAUGAUUCUAUUGCCCACCUCCUUAAAGAAUCAUACUGGCCCGAGAGAGUGUUUCCAGCCAUCCAGGAAUAUUUCUAUGACGAAGGGUAUUUAACUAAGAGAUAUAAUCCACUAGCCUAUCUCUCUCAGCGACAACCCGGUGAACUGCUCGUGGAUAAGCUGGCAUUCACGAUGAGCAAACUCGGGGAAGGAAGAACUACUCCUCCCUCAUCCUAACUUCGACUGUUUCGAGGCGGACGAAGACACGAACUGGAUCUCACUAGUCUCAAUACAAAUAGGCUGUUUAAUUGACGCCUACUCUCUCAAAUGGACAACGAGCCUGUUACGAACAACCCAUUCUAGAAGGAAAUAGUGUUAUUUCUAUUGCUCCCCGUUUUCGCGAGUGCCUACCCAACUAGGUGCCUGGGCAGUUUACGUUCCACAUUGGUGGUGAUGGACUUUUGAUCAAGGAGCUAGAUGGAAGGAUGGGGAUAUUGCACAAUAGAUGUACCAGCACGCGGUCACCGGACCGAGACCGAUAAUAAGGCACUGCAUAUAUUGCAGAUAUUAACCGAACGUAGCAACUAGUACGAUGCUGUUUCUCUUGGGAAUAGCUUACCCUCGGGACGUAGAUGAAAUAGAGGAUAUGGACUGGCACACUCGUGCCGCCAUGCUUGAUAUGCCUCGUAGCUACACUCGUAGAAGUUGAAUAACCAGGACACUCGUCCCCCUCGAACAUCCAAGAAUCACGUUUCCAAGUAGAAAGAGAAUACUCACCACUCAUGACUUUCCGACAACCCCCCAACCUAAGCACCCAAAACAAGCACACAACACAAAACGCAAACCAACCAAUAAUUUUUCAAUCCGCAUGCCUUUUGUCCUUUUUAUUCUUUAAGAAUCCAGUGCUAGUCAGAGAGCCAAGCCA